AUGGUAAAUACGAAAUAUAGGAAAUACGUAGAAAUACACUUGCAGAGACGGCGGCUGCUGAUGGUUAUCGCAGUAUCUUACAGAGGAUGUUAGUAGCCGACAGAGGCCAGAAUGGCUUCUUCGGAAGAGCUCUUGAUAGUUGGCGGUCGUAGUGAAAUCAGUGCUAAAGUUUUGAUCAUAGGUGGUGGUGUUGCUGGGCUGACAGCUGCGAAUCGUCUUUGCGCGCAUGGAUUUAGAAAUAUCACGAUCCUGGAAGCCAGAGACAGACCAGGCGGUCGAACGUUUUCAAAACCUUUCGGGGAUAGCUAUAUCGAAUGUGGUGCCCAGUGGAUUCAUGGACAGGAUGGAAAUGCAGUUUUCCAAGUCGCAAACGAAAAUGGUUUGGUGGAUCACGACUGUCCAUACUAUCUGGAGCAGUUCUAUGUUUGGCCUCAGCUGACCGAAGAGCAAUCCAGUGUGGCCACAGAAGUCAGUUCCCAUGUUUUAGAAGCACUGGACAGAUGCCAGAAGAUGUCAACAAAUGGCAGUCGGGAUGAUAUGCCGGGUGUCUUUCAGAAGUCACUUGGUCACUUCUUGCGUCACAGUCUCCUUGACUACAUCAACAAAAACAGUUUGGGCAGUGACAAGGUUCCACUUGUUGAGGCAUGCUACGACUGGGCAGUACGGCUUCAGCAAGAAAUUCAGGGAUGCAGCUCCCUCACAGAUGUCUCUGCUCAGUUUUUUGGGCAAUACCGUGAAUGUGAUGGGAACAUUGUGACUGAGCUGAAGCACGGAUAUGGAAAGUUUGUGGAUGUUAUUUUGCAAGGCUUUCCUUCUGAGUGGCUACAGCUUAACAAAUGUGUGACUAGUGUGACCACCUCUGUAGCACCCCUUUCGCCAAACACCUGCAUUAUGAAUGAGAGGCCACAGAGUCACCUGAAGACGUCUUUUGCAGCUGUUCCUUUAGGUAGCAACAAGCCGGUGAUCACUGUGAAAUGUGAAGAUGGCUCAGUUUACAAGGCAGACCACGUAAUAGUCACUCUGCCACUGGGCUGCCUCAAAGCACAUGCUACACAUAUGUUUGAGCCACCACUGCCUGAGAAGAAAAUGCUGGCCAUUAGGUCACUAGGAUUUGGUGCUGUUGACAAAGUAUUCCUCAAGUACAGUGUGCCUUUCUGGAAGGCUGGUGAUGUGUUCCAAGUACUGUGGCUCGAUGGUUUCAACCACUGUGGGAACAAAGUGGAAGGGGAUGACAUGUCCUCAUGGGUAACACACAGCCAGCUGAAUACUUCUUGGUUCAGAUAUAUUGGACGAUUCAAUGCUGUACGUAACCAUCAAGAUCUGCUGUGUGCGUGGAUAACUGGGGAAGGAGCCAAGUAUAUGGAAACACUAAGUGAUGACGAUGUCCGCAUUGGUUGCCACAACGUCCUUGUCCAGGUUCUUGGAAAAAAGGACCUGCCUUUACCAUGCGAGGUAGAGCGGAGCAAAUGGCACUCUGAUCCUUAUGCAAGGGGUUCUUACUCGUACAUCUCAGUGGCUUGUGAUACAACAGGUGCUUUGCCUCGAGACUUGGCUGACCCAAUAUGUGAGCCUGUGGUGCACUGUGGAACAGAAGUUACGUAUCCAGUGUUAUUCUUUGCUGGUGAGGCAACACAUCCCCACUUCUACUCAACUGUACAUGGUGCCUAUGAGUCUGGCAUCAGAGAGGCAGAUCGUCUUGCAGACUUCUACUUCAAAGCUGGAACAGGACAAGAAUCAUGCUGCAUACCAGACGAGGAAGAAAGUCUUCUGGUCAAAGCGGAUCCCUUCAAUUCUGCAGCAUUGAAUGCAUCAUCUGCUGGCUCAAAUCCACGCAUCAUAAUUGUGGGAGCUGGUGCUGCUGGUCUCUCUGCUGCAUACAAGCUCACCCAGAAGGGCUACACUAAUUUUGUUGUCUUGGAGGCUCAGAGGAUGGCUGGUGGAAGGAUACAAUCUUACUACUAUGGUGACAACAGAGUCCUGGAGUUGGGCGCCCAGUGGGUCCACGGUGAGGAGGGAAACCCCCUGUAUGGUUAUGCAUUAUCGAAAGACCUGUUGGCCGACCCACGGAGGCACCAUUCCCUUGAGGGCCGUGGUAUUUUUUGCACAGAGCAAGGAACUCGGUUAGCCCAAGAGUUGGUUGACGAGGUCAUCACUGUGCUCAACCAGAUUAAGGAGGAACUGGGGGGACGGCGACCUCGGCUUGAAGGAAACCAUGAAGUGUUUGUGCUCAAUGAGUUGCCCAUAUCGGUUGGAGAGUACUUGCGUUCACGCUUUCUUGAGCAUCUUGAGCAGCAAAGCGAUACAGCCGACAUGGUCAAGGUCAAGUGGGCCAUUUAUGACUGGUAUUGGCGCUUCGAGGUCAUUGAUAACUCCUGCUACAGUCUGGAUGAGCUCUCAUUCAAAAGCUACGAGGAGUUUGAGGAAUGUCCUGGCGUUUGGAACAUCAACUUACGGCAUGGCUUUUCCAGCGUUAUAAACAGUCUCUUGGAGCAUAUUCCUGAAGCCAACGUCCGCUACAACAAGGCUGUCAAGCGAAUCUAUUGGCACAACAGCGCAGUUCCUUCGUACACAAAAGUGGCUCGUUCCUCAAUCAGCAACUCACAAGAGACUGUCUUGGAAAGUAUUCCAUUUGUAGAAUGUGAAGACGGUGAAAUUAUGUCAUGCAGGCAUUUGCUCCUAACUAUGUCUGCAGGCUACCUGAAACGGCAUCUGAAUGACAUGUUCCAGCCAAAGCUUCCAGAAAAGAAGCGUCAAGCACUGCGAGGCAUUGGCUUUGGUACUAUAAACAAAAUAUUUCUCAUCUUUGAGCAGCCCUUUUGGGACACAGGAGCUGAAGGUUUUCAGUUAGUGUGGCUCGAUGGUGACUCCGAAGACGCAACAAAUCCAGAUUGGUGGGUUCGGGGUAUAUCUGGAUUUGAUCUUGUGUAUGAAAAUCCCAAUGUUCUUGUGGGCUGGAUUGGUGGCAAGGCAGCUGAACAUAUGGAGACAUUGAGUGACCAGGAAGUCCUCAGUGCCUGUGUCCAUGUCCUGUCCACGUUCCUCGGUCGAGACAUUCCUGAACCCGUGUCCAUAAUCAGGUCAUACUGGUUCACCAACCCCUACAUUUUGGGAAGUUAUAGCAACAGACAGCUACCAUAUGGCACCUCAGACACCCUCCUGGAGACCUUUUAUGAACCUCUAAUGGCUGAUGCCCCACUGCAUCGGGUAACCAGAGUAGAGUGGCCCCUUGUUCUCUUUGCUGGGGAAGCUACUGAUAAGGACUUCUACUCAACUGUCCAUGGAGCUAUGAGGUCGGGGUUCAGAGAAGCGGACCGCUUGAUUAACUUCUGGAGUAGAAAACGAGAUGACAUCAUCCUUGAAUCAUCAGCACAGCCAAGACUCUGAGGGACAACCACUGAAGGCACAUCAUUUCUUACUUCCUCUGACAAUCAUGCUGUGGCGGAAUCAAGAAACACCAGCAACAUUAGUUAAUGAUGUGGCCAGCUGUAUUACCAUUUCCUUAUGAAGUUGCACUGCAUAUGCCCUUCUGCAGUGACACACUGUCUUAGCUGAAUGUAUAGCACAACUACAGAAUUUAUUGGAACUUGGGGCUAAUCCUAGUCUUAUACGUCACAUUGCAGCUGGCUGUGGAGCAUCGUGCCAAGUGCUGUCCACAGCAUAGCAUUGCAACACCUUCGUAUCCGACAUCUGGGUAGGUAGUGGGUGGAACAGCAAUUGGUGCUGUGUAUAGAGGAAUGUUUUAAUGCAGGAGAAGCUUGUUUUCUGUUACGCUGUAGUCUCGUUGGGUCUGCUUUUGUGGCUCCAGCUUUGAAGUGCCAAGGUCAGCACAAAUAAAUGCAGCUGCUUUACAAAGCGUAUGCCCUGUAGCACUAGUCUAACUUUGUCAGGGCACUUGGUACUGUGCUAGUCCUUUUUUUUUUAUAGCCGCCUCUUAAUGUAAUCCUCAGGCUGUAAAGGCAGCAUUGUAACAUAGCCAAAUUUAGCGCUUCAUUGCUGUUCGAAGCAGAAGUUUUAUGAAAUUCUAGGAAGUCGUAUGUGUAGAAUCUUACUGCCUCUUGAGUUUUAGCCCGUUACAUUGUAGUUCCUGGGGGCUGUGCAAUUUUGUUAACACAAUACACAUAGUGUGCCUAUGGCAGAUGCUUGAUGCACGUGCCUGUAGUUGAGCUCACUUAGAGCAGGAAGCAAGAAGCAAAUUUGGAUCUUCACUCUGACCAACUUCAUAUACCCAAUUAUAUGCCUCUGCAACUUCAGGGUGCUGAAGUAUACACUUUGUCAUUGUUCUGAAGCAUUCUGAAUGCAAUAUUCAUCAUGUGCCAAGAAAUACACCAUAGAAAUAGUGCUGUUGCACAUUCCUAUCUACAAUAAAGUUUAUUUCUAUUCAA